ACGGAGUAUUUUUUUUUUCUUCAAAUCAUUCCAAACAAAAACCUCAGGAACACGAUUGACUCCUCUUUCCUGUGAUUCCUCCCUUUCUCCCCACUAGAGACUGGGCCACCAGGGAACAAGGUGCAAGAGUAGCGCGACCUAAGAACAGAACAAGGCAGCAGUCUACACAACGGUCUAUCGGUUGUUAUCGAAAUGGGUCAUAAUAAGUCUAGGAAGUUCAAAAAUCAUCACGCACAAGGUCAAUCUAGCCGGACAAAUCAACUAAAUCGUGAAGACGAAUCUCUCCCUGCUGAUCCAGAAACUGAAGAUGAGACAAGUAUGGUGGUAUCCAAAAUUCAGCUAGCCAUGUGGGAUUUUGGUCAAUGUGAUGUUAAAAGGUGUACAGGGCGCAAAUUAGCUAGAUUUGGCCUGUUGAAAGAGUUGCGAGUAGGAAAUGGUUUUGGAGGCAUUGCAUUAAGUCCUGUUGGACAACAGUGCAUCUCAAGGGAAGAUUCAGAGCUGAUAAAAAGGAAAGGUUUAGCAGUUGUGGAUUGUUCUUGGGCACGAUUGGAUGAUGUCCCUUUUACAAAGCUAAAAUGUGCUGCUCCUCGUUUAUUACCAUGGUUGGUGGCUGCAAAUCCAGUAAAUUAUGGUCGACCCUGUGAGCUAUCUUGUGUUGAGGCUUUAUCUGCAGGUUUAAUUAUAUGUGGUGAGGUAGAAAAUGGGGAGUUGUUGCUAAGCAAGUUCAAGUGGGGUCAUUCUUUCUUGUCCCUCAACAGGGAACUUUUGAAGGCAUAUUCCAAAUGUGAGAAUAGUGCUGAGAUUAUUAAUGUGCAAAAUUCAUGGCUAUCUGAGCAAAGUUCAAAAAUUCCCAAGGCUGUGCCAAAGGAAGAAGUGGUAGGUGAUGAAGUCCAUAGUGAAGAUGAAGGAUCGGAUGAUGGACUUCCACCUCUUGAACGAAAUGUGAACCAUAUGACUUUGGAUGAAAGUGAUACUGAAAAUGUUCUAUUUUGGUUAAUGAGAAUUCUGCUACUAAGGAGUUUUAGUUACAAAGGGGCUUACAAGGUGAGUCUAUCUCCUAUCCUGUUCACCAUUGCUAUGAAUGGUUUACAUGUAACUAUGAAAAAUGUAGUGUCAUAUAGUUGUUUUAUUUGGCAUAUCUUUCUAUGAUUAGAUGUUCUGUUUUGGUCAAUGAGAAUCCUGCUAUAAGGAGUUUUAGUUACAAAGGGGCUUACAGGUGACCCUUUAUCUCUUAUGUUGUUCACCACUACUAUGAAGGGUUUACAUGUAGCUAUAAAAAAUGCAGUGACACAGUUGUUUUAUUUAUUGAUUUAUAAAAUUGCAGUUAUUGGUGUUAUGGGUUUAAAAAACCAUAUAUUUUUCUUGUAGAUGAUGCAUUGUUUACGGGAGAAUAGGAGGACAAAAAUGUUUAAAACUUGGUUUGAAUUUUGAGAUAUUUUUUCUUAUCUUUGAGGUUGAAAAUCAAUCUCCAAAAAAUCUAAUAUUUAUGGAGUUAGGGUUGAAGUGGACGACAUAACAAACAUGGCUGCAAAUAUGAGUUGUGGUUCGUCUAUGUUCGGUUUUUCCUAUUUAGGUCUCCUGGUUGGGUCGGGGCUAACAUGGCUCAUAUCGAUGGUUGGAAAUUGGGGAUUGAAUAAUUAAGAAAAACUAUUAAAAUGGAAAGUAAAAAAUGCUUUCUUUUGUUGGUCAUUUAAAUUUAUUGAAGUAUGUGUAAGAUAUAUUAUGUAUUCCUUUUAUGUUGAUAUUUAGAAUCCCUAAUACUAUGGUUAGUUUUUUAGAGCAUUAGAGCUUGGUUUUUCUAAGGAGGCGAAAAUCAUGAAAGAAAAAGAAAAAGAAAAAUUGGUCAAACGGUGGCCUUGAUGAUGCUGGGCCGACGCUUAUUCAAAAGUGGCGGUAGAGAGUCCUAAAUGACUUUAAUGCUUGUUGGGCUAGUCAUCAUGGCUACACUGAGAGGACGAUGGUCUGUAGCGAACGACGGGAAGCAUUAAAACAAGUGAUACUUGAUCAAAGAGUAAUCAACUUUUAGUUUACAUGAAAAUUUGUAUUCUUAUUCAUUAUUGUCUUAAAAACUUAAUUAGAAAUGGUUGGAAUACUGCUUUUUGGAAAGUUGUUGGAUUGGUUUCGGCUUCA